UUGUUGUCGCGCAUGCUCACUUCCAAGCAAAUAUCCAAGAGCGAAGGGAAGCAGCUGAUUGUCGCCUUAAAUUUAGUCGGUUAAAUCUGCUAUCAUCAGAUUCUACACUGCGAUUUCACUUCAUCCACUUAUCGGGAUACAUUAUUUGUUUGAUAUUUGAGGCUCCAUCGGUGAUAUUUAUUCUUAGAAAAAUUUAAUAGACGAAAUAACUGCGUUUUAAACCACCCCGGAAUUACGGCUACUCUCCUAAGUAGCUAGCGAUAGUUAGCAUUAGCGACUUCCUUGGAGAAAAAAGGGGGGAUUUUAGGGUGUUUUGGUCAACAAGUUUGGGGAAUCCUAAAACGCGAUGGCUUGUGGAGUCACCCUGAAAAGAACUCUGGAUUUUGAUCCACUAAUGAACCAGGCUUCGCCCAAAAGAAGGAGGUGUACCCCGGUCAUGUCGCCGGUAUCUUCGCCGCAGAAGUAUCUGCGCAUGGACCCUUCUCCUUUCGGGGAAGUGUCGUCCAGACUCACCACAGAGCAAAUCCUACAUAAUAUAAAGCAAGAGUACAAACGCCUGCAGAAACGUCGACACCUGGACAACACCUUCCUGCAGUCAGACGGCUGCUGUCCUCUGGAUCUGCAGAGUAUUCAAUGUGGAUCCCCUUUACCAGGUUCAUCCUCAGCUGCCUCGUCUCCCAGCAGGAAAGAACAGCCCUUAUUCUCCCUCAGACAAGUCGGGAUGAUUUGCGAGCGGCUACUGAAGGAGCGUGAAGACAAGAUCCGCGAGGAGUAUGACGAGACUCUGACCACCAAACUCGCUGAACAGUACGACGCAUUUGUCAAAUUUACACACGACCAGUUGAUGCGAAGGUUUGGAGAGCAGCCUGCCAGCUAUGUUUCCUGAGCGCUCCUGUCGUUUCUUUGAAUAAGUUCUUCUGCAAAUACUCCACGAGUGGCGGCUGCGACUGGACUCGUCUCCGGCUUCAGUCAGCGGCCGAUUCUCCGCGAGUUCUUCUUGCUGAAAACACGUCGGAGCUCUCUGAGGCUCCAUCAGCGACCACUCGGUUGAUUUCAUUCAGAUGCUUUUUACAAAACUGCCAUCAUUCACUUGGACUUUACUUUUUUUAGUUUUUAACUCCUUUUGUUCCACUGAAGGUGUUAGCAGUGCAGCUUUUUUCACUUGUACUGUUUUUAAGAAAAGGGAUGGGGCAGCUUUUGUGCUGGACUGCAGGAGCAGUUGGCACUUCUUUUUUUUUCCCCCAAGUGUAUAAAUCUUACUGGUAAAUACUCAUAUUACAUUUGUAUACACUGUAUAACAUUUUUAAUGCUUGAAUUUAGUUCACUGUAAAUAUGUUUGGUUUAAAGGGGCUUUGAUUCAGAUACAUCAGAUGAAUAAAAUUUGUAUACAAACGUG